AUGGCCGGCCUGAACCGGCCGGGACCCUUCAACCCGUAUGGCGUCACCUUCAGCUUGGCAUCGGUAGCCACAACACCGGGGUUCAACACCCAAGGCCAAACAUCAUUAUACGCAGAGCUUGCGCCGUACGGGAUCUUCCCGCCUCACAUUCACCCUAGGGCGUCAGAGAUCAUUUACGUGAUAGAAGGCUCGGUCGAGGUGGGAUUCGUAACCACGUUCCCAGACUACAAAUAUUACAGCAAAGUUAUCAAGAGAGGCGAUGUGUUUCUCUUCCCGGUCGGCCUCGUCCACACCGUGCGGAACGUGGAUAGAGGGAAGAGCGUCACGCUUUCGUCUCUCAAUAGCCAGAAUCCAGGGAUUGUUUUUCUCCCCGACUCUCUUUACGCGGCCAAGCCGCCCAUCAACAGCAGUUAUCUUGCCAGAGCGUCUAAGCUCGACGAGAAUACCGUCAAAGAUUUGCAGACAAAAAUGUGGUUUGCUUAA